AUGACCAACCACACGGUAGACACAGAUUUCUUCCUCAUGGAACUGUCUGACAGCAAGCAGCUCCAGGUGCUCCAGGGCUUUCUGUUUCUGCUGAUUUACUUGGUGUCCCUCAUGGGGAACCUUCUCAUCAUCAUGCUUGUCACUGUGGACCAGUGUCUUCACACCCCCAUGUACUUCUUCCUGAAGAACUUGUCCUUCCUCAAUGUGUGCCUCAUUUCAGUCACAGUCCCAAAGCUCAUUCUCAGCUCUUUGUCUCACAGGAGCGCUAUCUCUUUCUCAGGAUGUGCGUGUCAGGUCUUCUUCGUGGAUUCCUUUGUUGUAACUGAAAUUUCCAUCCCCACAGCCGUGUCCUGUGACCGCUAUGUGGCCAUCUGUCACCCGCUACACUAUGAUGCCAUCAUGAACAGGGCAGUCUGUAUGCAGAUGGUAGCUGCCUCAUGGCUAUUUGGAAGUCUCUUUGGGGUCUUAUAUUCAUAUGGCACAUUUUCUUUAUCUUUCUGUGAUACCAGAAAAGUGCCACAGUUCUUCUGUGAUGUCCCCUCUCUACUGAAGAUUUCUUGCUCCAAUAUGCAUGUCACUAUUGACUUUAGUCUCACCUUAGCACUCAUGUAUCGGUUUUUCUGCUUAGUGUCCAUAGGGUUUUCAUAUGUUUACAUUUUCAACACAGUAUUGAGAAUGCCCUUCUUAAAAGGGAGGUCAAAAGUCUUCUCUACCUGCAUGCCCCAUCUCAUAGUCAUCACCACAUUUUUAGUCACAGACAAAUGUAACUCUCACCACUCAUCAAAAAACCUUUUUACAAAAGAUGAAGACUAUUACAGAGAUGUCCAACUGGCCAAAGGCAAAGAACAAGUACCUAGGAGGGUUUAUACGCAGUACAGUAGUGUAUAA